AUGAAUGCCAUGAAAGAAAAAGUCCUAAAGUCCAGUAGCCAAGAUUUUCACCUUUUUCCUGCCUUGAUGAUGUUAAGCAUGGUGAUGCUGUUUCUUCCAGUUACUGGAACUUCUAAGCAAAAUAUUCCACGCCUCAAGCUAACCUACAAAGACUUACUGCUUUCAAAUAGCUGUAUUCCCUUUUUGGGUUCAACAGAAGGACUGGAUUUUCAAACUCUGCUGUUAGAUGAGGAGAGGGGAAGGCUGCUCCUGGGAGCCAAGGAUCACAUCUUCUUGCUCAGUCUGAUUGACUUAAACAAAAAUUUUAAGAAGAUUUAUUGGCCUGCUGCAAAGGAACGGGUGGAAUUAUGCAAAUUAGCUGGCAAAGAUACUAAUACAGAAUGUGCAAAUUUCAUCCGAGUACUUCAACCCUACAACAAAACUCACAUUUAUGUGUGUGGAACUGGAGCAUUUCAUCCAAUUUGUGGAUAUAUUGACCUUGGACUCUACAAGGAGGAAGUUAUAUUCAAACUAGACACACAUAAUUUGGAGUCUGGCAGACUGAAAUGUCCUUUUGAUCCUCAGCAGCCUUUUGCUUCAGUAAUGACAGGAGCAAAAUUUAUUGGAACUUUCCCCAUACCAGAUACCUACAAUCCAGAUGACGAUAAAAUAUAUUUCUUCUUCCGUGAAUCAUCUCAAGACAGCAGUACUUCUGAUAAGACCAUCCUUUCUCGAGUUGGAAGAGUUUGUAAGAAUGAUGUAGGAGGACAACGUAGUCUGAUAAACAAAUGGACAACUUUUCUUAAGGCCAGAUUAAUUUGCUCAAUUCCGGGAAGUGGGGCAGAUACUCAUUUUGAUGAGCUUCAAGACAUUUACUUACUCCCCACAAGAGAUGAAAGAAAUCCUGUAGUAUAUGGAGUUUUUACUACAACCAGCUCCAUCUUCAAAGGCUCAGCUGUUUGUGUGUAUAGCAUGGCUGACAUCAGAGCCGUUUUUAAUGGACCAUAUGCUCAUAAGGAAAGUGCAGACCAUCGUUGGGUGCAGUAUGAUGGAAGAAUUCCUUAUCCUCGACCUGGUACAAUUAAAUAUAGGCUUUCCUCCAUUAUCGUGGAUCACGUCAUUGCAGAAGAUGGCCAGUAUGAUGUGAUGUUUCUUGGAACAGACAUUGGAACAGUCUUGAAAGUUGUCAGCAUCUCAAAGGAGAAAUGGAAUAUGGAAGAGGUAGUAUUGGAAGAGUUGCAAAUAUUCAAGCACUCAUCAGUCAUCUUGAACAUGGAAUUGUCCUUGAAGCAGCAACAACUGUACAUUGGUUCCCGAGAUGGAUUAGUUCAGCUCUCCCUGCACAGAUGUGACACUUAUGGGAAAGCUUGUGCCGACUGCUGUCUUGCCAGAGACCCCUACUGUGCCUGGGAUGGAAAUGCAUGCUCUCGAUAUGCACCCACUUCUAAAAGGCGAGCUAGACGCCAAGAUGUGAAGUAUGGGGAUCCAAUCACCCAGUGCUGGGACAUUGAAGACAGCAUUAGUCAUGAAACUGCUGAUGAAAAGGUGAUUUUUGGCAUUGAAUUCAAUUCAACUUUUCUGGAAUGUAUACCUAAAUCCCAACAAGCAUCUAUUAAGUGGUAUGUCCAGCGGUCAGGAGAUGAGCAUCGAGAGGAGUUGAAACCCGAUGAAAGGAUCAUCAAAACCGAAUAUGGGCUACUGAUUCGCAGUUUGCAGAAGAAGGACUCUGGGAUGUAUUACUGCAAAGCACAGGAGCACACUUUCAUCCACACCAUAGUGAAGCUGACUUUGAAUGUCAUUGAGAAUGAACAGAUGGAAAAUACCCAGAGGGCAGAGAACGAGGAGGGGCAGGUCAAGGAUCUGUUGGCUGAGUCACGGUUGAGAUACAAAGACUACAUCCAAAUCCUUAGCAGCCCAAACUUCAGCCUGGACCAGUACUGCGAACAGAUGUGGCACAGAGAGAAGCGGAGACAGCGGAACAAGGGCGGCCCAAAGUGGAAGCACAUGCAGGAAAUGAAGAAGAAGCGAAAUAGAAGACAUCACAGGGACCUGGACGAGCGUCCUAGAGCUGUGGCCAUGUAA